UUUUAACACUCACAGCCACUCUAGAUAUUUCAAGUGCUUGCAAACCUUCUGUAGCAGAGCUAAGAGUACAGUGAAGAGCUGAAUUUACUUUUUUAAUUCCGAGAGAGGUGCUGAUUUCACCUCUGUGGAUUGCGAUAUUCUCAUAUGAAUCUGGAGAAGCAAUUGCACUUUGCAUAAAAAAUGGGACGAAACAAUAAAGCUCCAGUAGGGCAGCACAAGCACUGCGAAAAGUGUUUUAGUCGUCGCUGCAAGGCACCAAUACAGAUCUCUGUCUCCUGCAUGGUGAUCAACUGCCGCCUGCUCUGUGGAGCAGUGUUCCACAUGUGCAAGGAACAGGAGCACCAGCUAUUGUGCCCCAAUGAAAAGGUGCCUUGCCUUAAUGCUGGGUAUGGCUGCCCCUUCUCCAUGGCUCGCUGCAAGCUCUCCAAACACCUGGAAGUCUGUCCAGCCAGCAUUGUGUGCUGUUCUAUGGAUUGGAACCGCUGGCCUGUUGCAGAAACUGAUACUGUCUUCUAUGAGAAUGUCCUCAAAGAACCCUUUUCUGACGAGCAGCUGGACUUGACAAUGGCUCUUAGAGAUCAAAAGCUCCUUUUCCGGUCUUUGAAAAUGGGUUCCCUUUUUCCUGAACUUGAAGAGCAUGUUGAAGAAUUGAUGCCCUCCGAGCUAGAGGGUGCAGUGGGAGGCAUGGCAGAAGGCUCAUUGCAAGGAGGAGUCUUCAGCGAGGCUGAAUUGCAAGGUCUUACACAGGAAGAGCGUGAAGCUCUGGCUAAGGAUAAAGAUGUAUGUGAUUUGAGCAGUUACAAAACCUGGGAAAUGAUGUUCAGCAAGGAGCUGACGAGUUGCAAGGUAACAGAAGAAAACUUGAAGACCAAGGAGAAGAAUACUGAGAAAAAAGAAAACACUGCUUCCUCUAGCAAACAGGCAGAACAGGAGAAAGAGAUAAAUAACAGCAAAGAGCCUGAACCUGACAAACAUGACGAUCAUGCAAAGACAGGAUUGGCUCCCUGGCAGGAUGGUGUCCUUGAUAGGCUUGGAAAAGAGACCAACGUUACUGAGUACAACAUGUAUCUGGUGCAUCACGGGAGCAUGCUGAUUAGAUUUGGACAGAUUGCCGCCUGUACUCCGAAAGAAAAAGACUUUGUUUAUGGGAACCUGGAAGCCAUAGAAGUAAAGACUGUCCGCACGUUCAAAGUUCCAACCAGCUAUAGUGCAAAACGCUCCCACAUUGGAGAUGUAGCAAUCCGGAAGAAAAAGGAAAAUAAGGCAGUAGAUACAUCUGAUUUAGGGGUCUCUGACGAGGAUAUACCGAAAUGGGAUGAAAUAAGCGCUACUUUACUUUGCUCCUUGGAAAAAGAAUUAAGAGGUCACUUUAUCUCUGAAACUGUGGCAACGGAUGGCCUCCUUUUAGACUUUGGCACCCAGACUUAUUCCUUCAACACAGCCCCAUUCAAGCCAGAAUCCACACUGGCUGAUAUAGUAGAGGGCAGGAGCCCCAGCCUCAAUCUGAAUCUUCAAGCUGAGUGUGUGACCGCAAGGCAUAACAAAGUCAGCUCUGCAUUCACUUUCCUGUGCAACCACUUCUUCAGACGAGAUGAGUUCCCUUCACACUUCAAGAACGUCCACGCAGACAUUCAGAAUUCUUUGAAUGGCUGGUUUGAGCAGCGUUGUCCUCUGGCCUACCUUGGGUGCACUUAUAGCCAAAAGAGGUUCCACCCAUGCAGUCAAAAGGCCACUUUCACCUACAACCAAGAUCUCAGCACAUUCACUCUCCGACCAGUGGUCUCAGCCUCCCUCUUUCGGGGAGUGAAAACCAAACCUGCCGACAGGAAACAUGCGCGCAACCUGGACUCUCUGAGUAGCCUGCCUUUUGAGAUUCUCCAGCACAUUGCAGGAUUUCUAGACAGCUUCAGCCUUUCCCAGCUAGCUCAGGUGUCCCACCUAAUGAGGGAUGUCUGCGCUUCUCUGCUGCAGGAACGUGGCAUGGUGUCACUGAAAUGGGAAAAACGCACAUACUCCCAUGGAGGUUCAUCCUGGAAAGCACGAAAAAAGGUGUGGCACUUCAGCACAGUGUUCUCCACUGUAGACAGAUGGUGCUUUGAUGAUGUCCCUUCCAUGUCUGAACACCUGAAGGUCUGUCCCUUCUACCAGACCGAAGUAAGAAGUGAACCUGUGGCCUUGACCAGCAUGUGUGACACUAAUGAACAAGCAAAGGAGACACAGGAGAGACAAAGUCUGGUAGCUAUGUUCCUGUCAAAAUACUAAAUUUGGACUGGAGAAGAAGAGAAAUCGGAAUGUACUCUUUUUGAUCGCAAUCGAUGUCCAUUUUUUUAAACAAAAGUAAAAGAACUCAUGAUAGAUACAGAAAAAACAAGAUGAGCAUAGGGUUUUGCUCAAUAGGAACUUUAGGAAUUAAGUUUGUUUUAUGAAAUCUGUUUAAUCACAAAAUGGAUAAUAUGGAUUCUUUACAGUUACGUUUAAGAGUUUUGACUUUUAAGGUAUUUAACGUGUAUACAUCACAUUUUGCUUUUUCAUUUUCUUCAAAAAAUUAUUUGUAUUGGUUCAGAAUGUACCCUGACCAGAAUAUUUGUAUACCAAGAACACAAAACCUUUGAACUGACAAAUUAGAUGUACUGUAAUUGUUGUUUUUUAUCAGCAAUUGUCACACACCAUGGAUUUGAGAUGGAUGGAGGAUAUUUUUCCCCCACAGUAAAUCUGCUGCUAUAUGUUACAGCCUCUCUUUAUAUUUCUUAAGAACAGUGUCUGAGAUUCUUCCACUGUCUCAAUAGUACUUUUCUUACAUUGUCAACGAUUAUUGAAUUGGGCUCAGGAUACCAGCUUUUUAAAACAUACUUUGCCAUCACUAUCAGUUAUGUACAAGAAAUAUUGUACUCUUAACUUCACACAACUGUUUUAAAUGCUUGUGAUAAUGGGACUGAUAAAAUGCUGAAAUUUGAGUGUACCAUCAUACACUGAAAAUACCACAGAUAUCCACAAGAGGGAGCAUCAUUCUUUUCUCUCUCACACACUACUACUAGAAAAACGAAUAACUGCUUAAUUCUUUUAAAAUUAACAUUAUAUUGAACAUAUAUAUAUAUAAAAUACUUUUAUGAGCUUUUAAGAAUGUUGCUCAAAAGUGAUCUUUGAACAUAAUAUAAGAAUUAAAUGUGACAAAACCUGUAAAAAUUUCCAAAUUGAACAGUAUAGCCAUCUUUUGAAGGCAAAAAUAAUUAAAUGGGUGCCCCUUUUUAAAAAGAAAAACAAUACUUCAAAGUUAAUUUCACUUCUUUGUUUUGCUUAAGAUUUCAGGAUUAUGAUGUUUCCUCAAAUGCAGCGAAUUAAUAAAAAAGGAAAGAAAGUUGAAAAUGUAAACCCAGCCUAAUUUUCUUGUUUCUGUUACGUAAAACAGGAUAGAAGAUAACACAGUAAUCUUCAAGAAAAUUAGCAGUUGGAAAUAAAGAAUCUCCUGAUGCUUUACCCCAUCUGCUCUCACAAUAACACGCCUUCAAGGUUUAAUCAUCCCGAACUUCAAUAUGAUAUCAUUUGAGAAGAAUAUAAAUACAUUUUUAAUGGACUCAAAAAGUUCAACUCAUUAAAUUUCCAUUUUAUAAGAAAACAGUACAAUUUAUUGGACACUCUGUUAGAGCAUCUGAAAAAUACUUUUCAGAUUUUGUCAAAUCUAGCAUUCAGUUGACUUUAGCACUGAGCAAAAAUUAGAGUCGUAGGCACGUUCUCCUUUAAGUACUGUAGUUCAUUAAUUUCAAAUAUGUACAUCUGCUUUGUAUAAAACUUUUAAACCUAAACCACAAAAGUUCAAACAGCAUUGCACUGGAAUCAGAUUAAUGUACUGAUUUAUUUUUAAUUUAUGUCAGUUUUGAAUUAGAUCAGUCUCAAUACUUACAACAAGACAGCAACAUAGUUGAUACAGUACAUUCUGUAUCAGCUGAAUAUUAAACAUCACUGCUGUCAUUCUAUGAGUUUUUCACAGCAACUUUCUCAAUGACACAAUGCAGCUAGAUCAGAAGCAACUCUUGGUGUAUUUCUGACAUUUCUCAGAUUCUCGUGAUGCAGGGCAUUCAUAAAUCAUUUGAAAGUACAAUGCACAGUAUCUGCACAUGUCACAUAGGUGGAAAGUGACAAUUCCUUUUCUGGGGGAGAGAGCUUUCACAGAAAUAUACGUGUUUUUGUUAUAUCUCAUAUUGGAUGGGAACUGGGGGGAUUGUGGAACAGGGAAGAUGUUGAUGGUGUUGGAACAGCAGCAGGGACAGUAUUGGUGCUGAGGACUGCCUAGAUAGUAAAAAUAGACUGCCGGGCUAAUUUUUAAUAGUGAUGCCAUAUAGGACACAUCAGCUGCAUGAAACAGUCCUGGCCUUUACUCAUCAGUAAUGAGAGUGAAUUGCAUCAUUAUAUUUUCACUUAAGCUGGUGCAUUAAAUUAUUUUAAAAGCCUCAUGCGCUGGUCUGCCAUACAGUAUUUUUACGAUCCUGCGGGAUGUAUGGUAACAUUUACAACAACGUAAAGAAUGAGCUUUUAGGAAUACACAAGAAAAUAAAAAUGAAGACUCAAAACGAUACUUAAUCUUAACUACAUAAGGUUUGUAAGAGUUUGAAAGCUUAAGAGCAGUGGUUAAAGUGAGAUUAUAUGCAUUGGUAAAAAUAUGAUAAUAUGACAUACUGGUAAAAAUAAAAGACAAAUUAAAGAGCCACACUACAAUUCAAGAAUACCAUGGGCAAAACAAACAUUUACACUUAGUGCUCUCCCUUCAGUCUUCAUGCAGUCUGCCUCCAGGCCCUUCCAUUAUAGCUCCCCAUCCCCAGAUAGUCCCCACGAUCAUCUGAGAAGAUGACAUACUGUACAAUUUUGCAUAGAGUGGUUUACUUUGUGUGCUUUCAACAGCUGUAGGACCUCUGGAGAAAGACAACAGUGAGUUUUCAUCUGUUCAUGGGGAACAGAAAUAAGAUACUGUACCUUUGAGGAAACAGAUAAAAAGAAUGUCUUUGUAUGCUGCUAAACCUCAUCUUUUUAGGAAUCAAUCUGGUGAUAAAGACUGAAAUAACCGUGCUCACUCUCAGUGUGUUAGCAUUUGGGGUGGGGCCCUCUGUGCAAAACUUUAAGGUCAAAUUUUCUUUUUCAGAAGUUUUCCUGAACAGUGAUGUGUGUUAUGAAACCAAGCAAAUAUAGACUGUGCUGGAUAGGAAAUGGAGCGCACCAGAAAAAAAAAAGGCAUUUGAAAACCAAUUACGCAAUGAAACUGGAAAAGGGCUUGGAGUUUUAUGUUUUAAA